CUGUGUAGCUUUGGAUUGUAUUCAUAUAUAUUCUGCUAUUUUCUCGCUACUAUUCCAAGUUCUUUUUCUUAAAUUCAAAUUUUCAAUGCUGCUUGUUAUCGCUUUCUGUUUCAGUUCAUAGCGUUUUAUUUUUCCUGGUCCAGAUCUCUCUUUGCGCUUGUGUUUGCUUUACGUUCUGUUUGAUAUCGUAAAUUCUUUCCCGAUAAAGUUUAUGUAAUUUGCUGUGUGUAUGUGUGUAUAUACGUGUUAUUAUAUAUAUAUAUGUCAGAAGAAAAUAAAAUUGUGGAAUUAUUAUUUUUCAGAAAAAAUGGCAUCUUAGUGAUGAGAAAUAGUUCCUAACUGUACCUCCUUCAAUCUUUUGUUUCUGGAAGAAGUUAUGAUAUUAAUUUUCUGAAGAUGCUUAGUUUUCGGGGUAUGCAAGUUGAGGAAAUUUUGUGCUUGAUAGACUAGGUUUAUUGAAAGAGGAGGAGAAAGAGAGCAAUAUGUGCAUGCAUUUUCGAUUGGAAUGAAAGUGGUAUAGAAACAAACUGAUUAUAUUAAUGUUUGGAAUAUUUCGGUGUCAUAUCUUUAUUGCAGUAGUUUUGCUCAGUCCUGGUGUACAACCGGGCUGUACACAAAAUAUGUUUGAUUAUGGAAAACAUUUGGAUUAAACACCUCACUGUCAGGGCUUAUAUCCUUGUGCUAAACCCUUUUCAGUUUUGUACUUAACCCAGUUUUGAAUUUCUAAAUUACCUGAGUAAGCAAUAGUUAUGGUUCCCAUGAUUAGUGAAUUUGACAGCUUUUUGCUAAGAACACUAAUGGAGUCAGACGAGGAGCAGGAUACUUUUCAUGGAGUUUAUCCCGAAUUCGGUGCAAUUUUCAUGUCAAGCAGUGUAACGAAAAAUGAGUGCUUUAGACGAAGACUGUUUGGCCUUCCAUCUGCAAAAGGCCACUUUGUUGAGCAGGUUAAAAGAGGAAUGAUUUUGUUUCUGUUUGAAUAUGAGAGGAGAGAACUUCACGGUGUUUUUCAGGCAUGCUCUGAUGGGACAAUGAACAUUUCCCCUCGUGCAUAUAAGUCAUCAGGAAAUCAGUUUCCUGCUCAGGUAAAAGUCAAACAAAUAUGGCGUUGUCAUCCACUUCCAGAAUCUGAAUUCAGUGAUGCAAUCAAAGAAAACUAUUUUUCUAAAUGGAAGUUCAAUUUUGGUCUCUCCAAAGCUCAGGUUCGAAGGCUUCUAACAUUGUUCAGUCCACAAAAGGUAGAAGAUCAAUGGCCUCCAAGAGAAUUAGCGAGAAGUAAAGAAUCAAGCCCAGUGUACGCUACUGCUAAAGUCAGGGAAGUCGAUGAAGGCAGGUCUGUAUUGAGUGAUAAGGUAAACAAUGAGAUUGAUGCUGACAACAGUACAAAGCCAAUGAUGACUCAAUAUAUGGGGACCUCCUUUGAGAAUGUUGGAAGAGAAGAUGGUGGCAGGCUGGAAAAUGAUAAAGUAGACAAUAAGGCUGGGGAGAUCGUGCAGAGUGCGAAUUUUGGGCGCUUUCUGGAUAAAGUUGGAAAAGUGGAUACUAACUUUAUAGUGUACGAGAUGGCACAAAAUGAACUUAAUGUGGAUAUUGAACAUGUGGCAUCCAUGUCAACAGAGUAUCCAAAGUUGAGUCAAUCUGGAUUAGGUGAUGAUGCCAUGGUAAUGCAGGGAAUGGCAGCAAACGUCAAUUACUUGGAUGUUGAGAUUGGGCCAGCAACAUCAACACAAAAUCUUGGCUAUCCUUUUGAAAAAGUUAGAAUUGAUGAUGAUUCCAGGUUUUUAAUGAGUGGUAAGUUGCAAAUUGGAAAUAGUGAAGGUAAUGGUUUUGGGCCAGCUAUUUCAUCUGAGUACCCUGCUUUCUUUCAGUCUAGUCUGGAUACACCUGUCUGUCCUGGCAUGCCUGUUCAAGAAGCAGGUUCUUUGAUUCAACAUCAAACUAGAUCAACCUCCACUGUCAGCCAUCAAAUGGAGCUGCAGUUCCUAACUGUACCUCCUUCAAUCUUUUCAAUAGUUAUGGUUCCCAUGAUUAGUGAAUUUGACAGCUUUUUGCUAAGAACACUAAUGGAGUCAGACGAGGAGCAGGAUACUUUUCAUGGAGUUUAUCCCGAAUUCGGUGCAAUUUUCAUGUCAAGCAGUGUAACGAAAAAUGAGUGCUUUAGACGAAGACUGUUUGGCCUUCCAUCUGCAAAAGGCCACUUUGUUGAGCAGGUUAAAAGAGGAAUGAUUUUGUUUCUGUUUGAAUAUGAGAGGAGAGAACUUCACGGUGUUUUUCAGGCAUGCUCUGAUGGGACAAUGAACAUUUCCCCUCGUGCAUAUAAGUCAUCAGGAAAUCAGUUUCCUGCUCAGGUAAAAGUCAAACAAAUAUGGCGUUGUCAUCCACUUCCAGAAUCUGAAUUCAGUGAUGCAAUCAAAGAAAACUAUUUUUCUAAAUGGAAGUUCAAUUUUGGUCUCUCCAAAGCUCAGGUUCGAAGGCUUCUAACAUUGUUCAGUCCACGAAAGGUAGAAGAUCAAUGGCCUCCAAGAGAAUUAGCGAGAAGUAAAGAAUCAAGCCCAGUGUACGCUACUGCUAAAGUCAGGGAAGUCGAUGAAGGCAGGUCUGUAUUGAGUGAUAAGGUAAACAAUGAGAUUGAUGCUGACAACAGUACAAAGCCAAUGAUGACUCAAUAUAUGGGGACCUCCUUUGAGAAUGUUGGAAGAGAAGAUGGUGGCAGGCUGGAAAAUGAUAAAUUAGACAAUAAGGCUGGGGAGAUCGUGCAGAGUGCGAAUUUUGGGCGCUUUCUGGAUAAAGUUGGAAAAGUGGAUACUAACUUUAUAGUGUACGAGAUGGCACAAAAUGAACUUAAUGUGGAUAUUGAACAUGUGGCAUCCAUGUCAACAGAGUAUCCAAAGUUGAGUCAAUCUGGAUUAGGUGAUGAUGCCAUGGUAAUGCAGGGAAUGGCAGCAAACGUCAAUUACUUGGAUGUUGAGAUUGGGCCAGCAACAUCAACACAAAAUCUUGGCUAUCCUUUUGAAAAAGUUAGAAUUGAUGAUGAUUCCAGGUUUUUAAUGAGUGGUAAGUUGCAAAUUGGAAAUAGUGAAGGUAAUGGUUUUGGGCCAGCUAUUUCAUCUGAGUACCCUGCUUUCUUUCAGUCUAGUCUGGAUACACCUGUCUGUCCUGGCAUGCCUGUUCAAGAAGCAGGUUCUUUGAUUCAACAUCAAACUAGAUCAACCUCCACUGUCAGCCAUCAAAUGGAGCUGCAAAUCACUAGCCAUUCUUAUACAGCAUCCUACGGAGAUGCGAUUGUUACCACGACUCUUCCCUAUGAUCCUGAUGCUCUUACUCUGAACCGUCUAUGCUCACCAUCGACGGGGGUUAAUCACAGUUCAAAUUCUGUUCAAGAUUGUUAUGACCAAGCUGGCAUUCCUUCCUUGAGAAAUCAGGCAUAUCCUUUGUAUACAGAGCCAAACACAACAAAUCGAAGCUUAGGUGACACUUCUAAGUUUGAUGUUCGUGUCCCAUUCACAGCACCUGACCAUUAUGAGCGCUCAUGUCACGGGAACAUCAUGCCUUUUCCAGGGAUGACAUACUCUGAAGAAAUGGCUUUAGAAUCCACUGGAAGACAUAGUUAUGGAGAACCAUUUUUGAAGCCUUCUUUAGCACCUGAAGCUUUAUCAGAAAUUGGAAGUAAUCGGAGGGAAAUCAAGAGCCCUUCAUCUUAUCCUUCCUUUGUGAUUGAUCGUGGACAUUCUGUUGCAUCACAAGACAAAAUUGACCAUGAAAUAGCACAUAAGGUGAAAUUCAAACCAUUCACCUCUAGUGUAACUUCACCAGAGGAGCUUGAGCGUCAGUUGCAACGUCGCGUUCAUCCUGUUGAUCGGGGCAGUGUGGACCACUGUGAGCAUAAAUCUUUUGAUCCUGAUCUCAAGUCUUUUGAAACUUCUGAAGGAAGGAGUUCUGAUCGUGUGAAUAACAGAAGUGUGUUUUCUCGUUUGGGUUUGAAUUCGGAUAAGCAUGUCAAAAAGAAUAGUACAGAUGCUGCAUAUGAGGAAAAUGAUAAGGAUUCAGCAGUGGAUGAAGUCAUGUCAAUGCUGAGCAAGAGUCUCUACGACUGGGUGAAGUCAAAAAAAUCUAAACCACCUAAUAGACGACAUGACGUAGAGAAGUUUAGGAAUAAAAAGCAGACCACAGUGCACUCUGAGUUGGAUAGUAAUUACUUGGAAAUGAUUUCAGAGAAGUCAAACAUGAUUUCUGCUACAUCCACUGAAGAUAAAGAUGAUCAAAGGAGUGAAGAGAUACCAUUUGUGGAUUUUAAGCGGCGGAGCAAAUUGCGGAAAUUUAAUGGUGAUGACAAAGCUAGAGCGAAUGAUGAAAGUGCAGGAAGUGAUGGAGUCUUGGGUGGGCAGCACAAGAGAAGGAAGCUGAUCAGGCCGAACUUCAGUGACAACAAGCCACUUGAUAAAAGGAAAAUUGCAAACACUUCUCUGAUUGUACAAGUAUCAUCAAAAGAAUCUUCUGUUGGUGGUGAAGAUGCUAAUGGCAAGAGAUGGAAGCUAGUUAGGCCGACUUUCAGAGAGAAUGAACCAUGUGAUGAAAAAAUAACUGAGGAAAACUCUUCUAUGAUUUUACAAUUAUCAUCCCAACAAUGUUCUAUAAGUGAAGAUGCUGGUGGAAUUUGUGAGGAUUCUGUUGGAAGCCAAGUUAAGUUGUUACCGCAAGGUACACAAUUGUCGUGUGUGGUUUCUCAAGGCUGUCAUGAAAAUGAGAAUAUUGAAACUGAAAGAUAUCCAAACUAUGAAAUAGAAGUUAAAGUUGAAAGUUCUGGGGCAUCCCUUGAAAUUGAAAAAGAAGGCGGAAAGGAGCCUCGUCAUGGUGUUGGCAGCCAAAUUGCUAGCCUUGCAAUCCCGAAGUUGUUUUUGCAAAGUACAGGAUUGUCACAUGUGGUUUAUCAAAGCCGCGAGAAUGAGAAUAUUGAAACAGAAAGAUCUCCAAAAUGUGAAAGAGAAAUUAAAGUGGAAAGUUCUGGGACAUCUCCCAGAAUUGGAGAUGAAGGGCGCAAAGAGCCUCUUCAUGAUGUUGGCAGCCCAAUUGCUAGCCUUGCAAUCCCGUACAAAGACAAUAAUCCUAACAUUCAGAAUGACUUAGAGUAUAAGGAUCCUACUUUUAACAGAUCGCCUCAAGAUUGUUAUGAGAACAGUCAGUUCACUGUGAAGGAGUCAGCCGUGCAAAUACCUAAACCAAAUUCUGGAACAGCAAAUGAAUUUUCUGUAUUUGAAUGUGGCGGAGACAAUGAACUGGAGUUGCUUCCAAGAGUCGAACUUUGUCUAAACAAUGCUGAUCUUAGUAUCAGUAAUAUAGGCAGCUCAAGGAAUCUGCACUCUGAGGUGGAAAGAGUAGCCAAAGAAGUUGCAAUUUGUGUAGAUGCUGGUAUAGGUAAUAACCACCACGGAUCCAAUGAUAUACAGUCUGAGGCAUCUCUUAACACUGAUGGUUGCUUCAACAAACAAGAACCAUCUCAAGAGCACAGAUCCAGUAAACUGUAUGAGGCAUCUUUUGGCACUGCCGGUCGCCUCAACAAGCCAAAACCUUCACAGGAAGUUCAGGACCUGAAUGUCCGAUUUGGAGAGAGACUUUUUAUACUUAGUAAUGGUCUCAAAAACUUUGAACGUGAUGCUUCUAAGCAUGUGGGUGAAAAGAGGGAUGUUCUUCCAAUCAGCAGAGGUAUUGUUUGCAAAAGUUCUGACAUUGGUACUUCUGAGAAUGUGGAAGAGAGGAAGGAUGUUCUUCCAAGCAGUCGUAGAGUCAGAAAAGGCGAACUCAGGAGAGCCUACAACCGCUCUGAAACUGAUACUUCUAAGCAUGUGGUCGAUAGAAAUGAUGUUCUUCCAAUCAGCGGCUGUAGCAAAAGCUCUGACACUGAUACCUCUGAGCCUGUGGAAGAUAGGAAGGAUGUUAUUCGAAGCAGUGACGGAGUCAGAAAAUGUGAACUCAAGACAACCUACGACCACUCUGAAAUUCAUACUUCUAAGCAUGUGAGCAGUCAGAAAGAUGCUAUUCCAAUCAACGGUGGUGAUGUUUGCAAAAGCUCUGACAUUGGUACCGCUUUGAAUGUGGAAGACAGGGAGGGUGCUCUUCAAAGCAGUGGUGGAAUUAGAAACUCUGAACUUAAGACAGCCCACAACCAAAAUACAAGAUUAACUCAUGAUUUUGAGUUUGAUGAUGCUUCUGCAAGUGUUGACAGUGAAAGAGAAAACAAGAGGCUGUGGAGUAUUUUAACCUCCAGGUUGAAUAAUCUGAAGAAUGCUCAACAACAGUGACAAGCUCCUGGAUUUUGGUCGAUGCCAUUUUUGCGUAGGCUCUCUGAUCUUGGUUAUGAAUUCAAGUACUAUUUUUUGGAUAUGUUGACUGGAAUUUUAACUUUCGCUUAUAAAAUAGUCGUUGGGUGUGGUGGUUUUGUGGGUGAUGAUGACUUCAAAAUGAACGUUGUCAAUCCACUUGUUUUGAGGGCUGACCUCAAUCUUGAGCUUUGGCAGGAACAACGAAAUUCGAUCUCGAUGUUAUUAAUGAAUAUAUAUCUAAUGCUUAUGGUGCCGUACAUUGUUUGUAUUAA